GAAGGAGCAUGGAUUGUAGGGCCCGAUGACGGGCUUAUACUCUGGGUCCCUCCACAGCUGCGAGAGAGUCUCCAUUGGCCCGGAUGUCGAGCCAUCCUCGGCCGAGAGCAGGUCUACAUUGACUUUACCCAUUUUAAAUACGGAACAUCGUGGACUGACUGUUUCGCUCCUCCAAGGUCCUGA